AUGCUUAGUUCCUGUUCAUUGGUCAUUGGAAAUCAGGUUUCUGAAAUUGAUUUUCAAAUUUUAUUUUGGGUAAAGAAGAAAGGAAGCUCGAAAAGUUUAGGACGUGUUCCUAGUUUACGUUUCGAAUCGAAGAAAUACUGCGCAAAUAUGGGUGAUUCAGUAGUAACAAUCCGGACGAACAAGGUGAUGACUAACCGCCUGUUGGCAAGACGACAGAUGGUGGUCGAAAUCCUUCAUCCUAACCGAGCAUCAGUUCCUAAAGUGGAGGUUCGUGAAAAGUUAGCUCAGAUGUACAAGACCACACCUGAUUUAGUUUUUACUUAUGGUUUCCAAUGUCAUUUUGGUGGUGGAAGGAGUACUGGUUUUGCACUGAUCUAUGAUACAGCAGAUUUUGCCAAAAAAUUCGAACCAAAAUAUCGCUUAUUGCGACAAACGGGCACGAAAGCCGAGAAAUCAGGCCGUAAGCAACGCAAGGAGCGUAAGAACAGGCAGAAGAAAGUACGUGGAACAAAGAAGACUAAAGUUGCUACAGGAAAGAAGUAA